AUGCCGCCAACACCUGCAUCAAGGACCAAGAAGCCAGGGCCGGCAGUUCUAGCAACGCUGGCCCCAGAGACCGACGAGUCGAUCGUCAGCAUCAGUAGCGUGUUCAAGUGUCCCUUCUCCUACACUGUCGACUGCUUCGGUGAUGAGUUCCCACCUCACUACACUGACUUUGACCUGCUUGCCGACUUCUUGCCAUCACUAGACUACCUCACUAGCAUCCCCGAGGAGCCCCUAUAUGUGUCUUCCUUCCCCCCUUUGGGCACUAGUAGCCCCGAGGAGUGCCCAUUCGAUGCAUAG